AUGACAAAUAGGGCAGAAUUACUUGCCAAUGGCAAAGUUUCCCAAACUGUCUCUCUUCCUGAUCAAAGCCAGUUUACAUCAGCAAUGGUUCCUAACUUGGCUUUUGGAGAAAACAUCAACACAAGCAGUAGUGAGGAUAUGGAUAUCAUUGACAGUACUGAAGAUGAUGAGUCCAUAUACAAUUUUGGUGAAGAAUGCGAGAAUGUCAUUGACGAAAUUGAAGGCACCACACCCUCGCUAGUCUUUGAUUUUAGUCAGCCUCUUCCUGUUCCCAGCAACAAUGAUAAAAAGAAUCUCGCGUUCAUGCAGUUGAUCCAAGAGUUCGAAAUUUCUUGUCAAGCUCACGAAAAGAUUCUUCUUGAGUGCUUCUCGGAUAUCAAAGCAGGCGGAUAUGACAUUUGCAUCAGAGGUUGUAUGCAGUUCAACAACGAGAAUGAUAUUGCAUGCAUAAAAUGCGGUGAAGCAAGAUAUAAAAAUGGCCAAACUAGCGAAAGUGACACCAGGGUUCCUGUGAGAUUGAUCGUACAGCUUCCUUUGGCCAGACAGCUUGCUUUGUGCUCGGCUGAUGACAAGACCAGGGCUGAAAUGCUCUAUCAUCAUAACCACCAAUCCAGCCAAGACGGGCAGAAAGCAGAUGUUUUUGAUGGUCAUGUAUACCAAUCCAUGAAGCAUCUGUUUUCUGGUGAAAACGAUAUUGCGAUUUUGUUGUCCAUGGACAGGUUCAACCCACACAAUGUACCUGGAUCAGUAACCAUUGUUCAUGCAACUGUCUUGAACUUGAAUUCGACGAUCCGUUAUGAGAAAAACAGGAUGAUCCAAAUAGCAAUGCUUCCUAGUUGCACUGGUCCCAGUGACAUCUGGUCUUUUCUUGAGUCAACGCUGAGAAAUCUCCAUUUGCUCCGGACAGAAGGCAUGGAAGUAAAGACACCAACGACAACGAUCAGGGCAAAGGUACAUGUUCUCAUGGCCACUGACAAUAUUCUGGCUCUGGCAAAGCUGGCAUGCCAUGUUGGCCACACAAGUAAGAAUGGCUGUCGUAUUUGUCACGUAGUAGGCCAAACUCCUAAACAUGGCCAGUACUUCCGCAUGUUGCCUGGAACCCAGACGCGCUCACUGGAGAGUUUCAGAAACUACAAUCUGGCAAGCAGUGAAGACAGAAAGGGGCUCAAUAGUCAGUUACCAUUAGCCUCAAUGGAAACAUUCUCUGGCCCAUUUUUUUUUGCGUUAGACGAGAUGCAUGGUCUGUGCCACGGAAUUGGUAAGCAGGUAUGGGGACUUGUAUACAGAAAGUAUGGAAUCAAGCAUCCUCUAUGUCUUUCUCUUGCCACUCAAAGGGAGAUUGGUGCUGCAAUAGUAGCCGCAAAAUCCACAAUCCCUACAUCAUUGCAUGGUGCCUGGAGAGACAUGACAAAGAAUGUCAGUUUCUUUAGAGCUGUGGAUUGGGCAGACUUUUUACUCUUUGUUGUCCCCACGUUGGUUGCAGAGCAUGUCCAGGACUUGGUUGCCCCAAAAUGCAUUACUUGGCCUGGUUCAAACAUGCAAUUUACUCAUGAGCUGGGAGUUAUCAGCAGAGAAUCAAACCUCAAUAAGAAGAGUCUUCUUUCUACAGCAGAUAUUGACAUUGGCAUGUUCACAAUUAACCAGCACAUUAUUCAGCAUUAUCUUCAGAUGAUUGAUCUAUAUGACCCGCCAAGAGCAUAUAGCACACGAUCCGUGGAAAGAGCCAUUGGUGAGUACUCCAAGUCCAUCAAGAGUAACUCCCAAGUCAGUGUCAAUGCUGGAAACAUUAUGAUCAGACUGGCACAAUCCCGGCGUGUAGCGGAACUGACAACCGUUGCAAACACAAAAACUCCACCAGCUAACCUUCUAGUUUACAGUGCAUAUACCAAUGGGUGGCCUGUUACAGAAGGAGGUGAUCCUGCCAAUGCUGAGUGUGAGAUUGAGUUCUGGGGUUUUUUGAAGAAUUUAACAAUUUUCGAUAGCUUUGAAGAUAGAUCUCAUCUUUCAUUGCUUCUUAAAACGUUUUAUGAUUUGAAGGGGGAAGAAUGUAGUAUGCUUGAGCCUUCCAUAAAGACAAGCCGCAAGACCUAUCUUAAUGGUUGUAUUAUUGAUGCUGCAUUCAACCAAAGUUCUACAAGAGAGGCAUGUCAUGUUCAUGUGCAGCUACAAGUGGACAUGAACUCCAGAAGAUCCCGCUCUUACUGUCCAGGAUAUAAGCAUUUCUUUGGAAAGAUAGUUAUAUUCUUCCAACAUGUACACAACUCGAAGAGAUGGCCACUAGCUCUCAUAACCAUAUAUAGUGUGCAUUUGAAAAAUGGAUUGCCUAUUACAUCUGUAGUAAAGCCAAAGACUAUAAUGAUUCAUGCCAGUGACAUUGUAGAGUUGGUUGGCUUGGUGCCAUCAAAUGUCAAUGGUAGUCAUUAUAUCAUUUGGCCUAGCCUUAAACGUGGCCCAAAAUUGACACUUGGUGCCUUAAUCUAUUGCAUGUUGCAGAUGAGCAUUUCAACCAGUGCCCCUCAACACAUAGACAUUGAGCUUAUUUCCUGUCCUCUCGUUCUUCAAAAUCAAAGUUUCCUUACCUCAAGCCAUCAGAACCACAAUAGAGUUGUCUCUUAUUCACUUCAACUGGCUUCCUCCUCUGUUGACCCAUGGCUGCACAACAAUUCCAAUAGACAACUCUCAAAGACGUCUUCUUCAUCAAGAGAUAGCCAACCUGUUGCACAAGAAAGCAAUAGAAUCUGCUCCUCCCAACUCUCUUGGCUUCACCAGCUCAAUAUUUGUUAUCCCCAAGAAGAAUGGUGGGCAUCAUCCUGUGCUCAAUCUCAAGCACCUCAACAAACACUUAACUGCCUCUCACUUCAAGAUAGACACUCUAUAAGCUGUAAGACGACCAAGCUGGGAUCCUUGGGGUGGAUUCUGAACCUGAAGAAGUUGUCUCUCAAACUGUCUCAGCAACUAGAAAAUUUUGAUUACCUGUUGGAAACUCAAACUAUGACAAUAAAGCUUUCUGGGACAAAGCUUUGCAACCUAUACCAAUUGAUUCAUCAACAUAUUACCAGUGUGUCUCCCAUUUUCCCUUCUGAUUUACAGCCUUUCCAUGAGAAUUCAGACCACAACAAUUGGUCUGUUUCCAGUCCGUCUAUUCAGACAGUGUCUGAUAUGAUUCAAGAACAAACACGUUCACUAGAACCUUGGUUAGAAUGUGGGUCAUCCUCUUCCCCUUCAUUGUCUUUACAAGCUGCAAUUAUACUGGGCACACAAGAAAGCCAAUAUAUCAAUCAACUGGUGCGAAAUGAAAGCAGUUCAACUGGCUCUCCUUACCUUUCCCUUUCUUUGGGACACCUCGGUCCUUAUUUAUAUCAGCAAUACUAUCUCAAUGGCAUACCUCAACAAGCAAGGCAACUCACGCGCCUUCCACCUAAUGCAACUGAUCAUAAAGUUUUGGAGAUGGUGUCUCCACAGCAGUCUCUGAUUGACUGCACAGCACAUUGCGGGGAAGGACAAUGUCACUGCCAAUCUGGAAUCUGGCUAGACUUCUACAGAGAACCUCUGGAAACUCUUCAAGGCAAUGUUCAGUAUGAUACAGUUGACAUGAGCAAUGACUUUGGAUGUGAUAUUCAUCUCCUGGAGCCAAUGAAACAAUUAUUAUCUCAACUCUCCAUAGAAUCUAAUUGGCUGGUGUCUGCACAAGAUAUGGCAGAAGAACUUGAUAGUAACCUUGGUGGCUCCAAUUUGGCUGAGUGUCAUAUGGUGUCAUCUUCUUCUGAAGAUGUCAGUGGCUUCUCCCCUAAUUCUGGACAAUCAGUUCAUAGUCCUCGCCUUUCCCAAGACCCCAUGGCUGUUAAAAAACUCGACAUAGAAGCUUGUCACAUACAGACUAUUAAGUGCAAGUUUGAUAACACAGGCUAG